AUGUCAUCUAUAGACGAUAGAAUAAAUGAGGCCUGGUGCAAAUUGAAAACUUCACACAACCAAGAACAUACACUUACCAUAGAAGCACGAAGCCUAGAAAAACUAAUUGCAGAUCAAUCGAAUAGCGAAGAAUUACAGAAAGAAUUGAAAGAUUUGGUCAUGAAAUGGUACUGGAAUGGGUAUUACCAAGGGUUUGAUGAUAAUAAUUUAAAGUCCAAAUAG